AUGAAGAGAGGGAAGACUGGACAGGCGCUUAAAAGAGAACACUACCACAUCUUGCAAACUUUUCAGAUUGCCUCCUUUGGUGAAAUAGAAACAGUUAAAAAGAAGAAUGGAAAAUAUAUGGCAACUAAAGAAUCAAUCACAGGAAUUAACCAACAAGCACACAUUAACACCGGCCAUGGUGGCGAAAAGAAGACUUACAAGGAGGUGUGUGAACAAUAUGGAAAUAUUCCAAGAUCAAUUGUGUCACUAUAUAUCGUGCAUGGUGAGCGCUGUGUUGAAAAGCGUCGCAGAAAAGAAACGGCAGCAGGAGUUGUAGUCAGACCACUGUCCAUAAGAGAUCUCAGUGAAAGAGGACAAGUAGAUCUGGUCGACAUGCAGACUAUGAAGGAUGGAAGUUAUCGCUUUAUUCUGCACUAUAUGGAGUAUCUAACGAAGUUUCAUGUGAUUCGUCCCCUGAAAUCAAAGACAGCAGCUGAGGUUGCCAAUGAACUUCUUUUCAUCUUCUUGGAUAUAGGUGCACCACACAUCCUUCAGUCUGACAAUGGACGUGAAUUUACAGCCUCUCUAUGGCCUGAACUCAUCUUAGUAAAUGGGCGUCCUCGGCAUCCCCAGAGUCAUGGGAUCUAUUGA